AUGGCACUGAUGAGGAAGAGACACCUUAUGAAGUUAUGUUACUUCAUCAUAAAAAUGGUUUAAACCUCUAAAAGUCCAACGCCAAUUAGAAACUAUUCCCUUAAUAAGUAGUUGAGGGUGUUUUCCUGCAACCAUUUCUUCUUGGUUGAUGGGUGAAGUUGCCGGUAUCCCCAGAAGAAGGGUAGUGUUGGAAUAUUAACCUUUGAAGAAGUAGCAGAAAGGUUUCUGAGAGCCUUACUUGUGGUCCGUAACCGCUGAUGGCAACUGCUCAGUGGUCACAGGAACCACCAUCCAAAGCCACCACUUAACUUUCCUCUUCCCUUAACUUCCAUUCUUUACAUCUUCCCCGUCUGUUUAUUAACAAUGCAAUAAGAGGAGAAAGAAAGAACAAAGCUUAAGCAAAGAAACUGAACAAUCAUUUUCUUUUAUGCCGAGGUCUCAUGGAAGUGUUCUGCAUUUUCUGUCGGCUAUUUAGGAGCUGUUUACCAUUUGAACAAAAUUGAGAAUUGGACUUCGAUAAGCGGUAUUAAUCUUUUACUUUCCGUGGGAGACUGAGAAACGAUGCCAAGCCAGCUAUGGUUUUCACUGCCAAUGAUUUACAAGAAUGGAAAGAUUUUCCCAAAGGACUCAAGGUUCUUCUUCUUGAGGAAGACAGCAUUUCUGCUGCCGAGAUAAGGGCAAAGCUUGAAGCCAUGGACUAUAAUGUUUCUACAUUCUGUGAUGAGAAUGAAGCCUUGUCAGCAAUCUCAAGUAGACCUGAAAGCUUCCACAUUGCCAUAGUAGAGGUGAGUUCGAGCAGUAGCCAGGGAGGUUUCAAAUUUCUUGAGAAUGCCAAGGACUUGCCAACAAUUAUGACUUCUAACAACCAUUGCCUGAACACCAUGAUGAAGUGCAUAGCGCUUGGUGCAGUUGAGUUCCUCAGCAAACCACUCUCUGAGGACAAACUCAGAAAUAUCUGGCAGCAUGUGGUUCACAAGGCAUUCAGUUCUGGGACAAGUAUCCUGUGUGAAUCGCUUAAACCUGUCAAGGAAUCUCUAGUGACUAUGUUGCAGCUCCCAACAGACAAUGAACAACAUGAAAGUAGAGUGUCCAUUGAUAUAGAGAAAGUAUCCAGGUUUACUGAUAAUGAUGAUGUACUGUCUCCUGGAAAUGAUAAAUAUCCAGCUCCUUCAACCCCACAAUUGAUGCAUGGGACAAGAUUGUUAGACGAUGGUGAUUGCCAAGAGCAGACUAAUUGCUCCACAGAAAAAGAAAGUGGGGAACAUGAUGGAGAAUCUAAAUCUGUCGAAACUACAUGUGACAAUAUUGCUGAAACUGAAAGUACUCCUCAAGAAAGGAAAUCUGAUAUGACUUUACCUAGGGAGGAAGUGAAUUUAGUUGACGCUUCCAAGUUUGAGAGUAUUGCCUCUCUACAUACACAAAAAAGAAAGGUUCUAAGCAACCCUGACAAAAAUACAAAAUCUGCAAAUAAAGUAGGCGUUCUUAGUGAUUCAUGCGAGAUAAAGCCAAGACGAAAGAAGAUGAAAGUAGACUGGACGCCUGAGCUGCACAAAAAAUUUGUGAAGGCAGUUGAGCAACUAAGCAUUGAUCAAGCCAUUCCUUCAAGAAUAUUAGAAUUAAUGAAAGUGGAGGGCUUGACAAGGCAUAAUGUGGCAAGCCAUCUUCAGAAGUACAGAAUGCAUAGGAGACAAAUCUUUCCCAAGGAAGAAGAUCGGAAAUGGUUGAAUCAAAGAGAAAGGAGCUAUUGUGUUCAAAGACCAAUCAUGGCCUUUCCUCCAUAUCAUUCUAAUCACACCCAUACUAUGGCUCCUAUAUAUCCUAAGUGGGGACAACCUAGCACUCAAACGGCUGGCAUGCAUAUGUGGAGCACUCCUGGUUAUCCCUUGUGGCAGCCUACUGCUGAACAUUGGCACUGGAAACCGUUUCCAGGGAUGCAUGCAGAUGCAUGGGGCUGUCCAGUGUUACCAGUACCACCUCCUCAAGCUCCUUUUCCCUACUCUAAGAAUAUGCCUGCGUUGCUCAAUGCUGAUGCAACAGGUCACACUUUUACCAUGCCACAAAGUUCCUUAGAGAAUUAUCCGGCAGAGGAGGUUGUUGACAAGGUUGUGAAAGAGGCAGUAAGCAAACCAUGGCUACCCUUGCCUUUGGGCCUGAAACCCCCUUCCACAGACAGUGUGUUGACUGAGUUAUCAAGACAAGGCAUUUGCAGCAUCCCUCCUAGGAGCAGCAAGGGUUGAAAUUGAGAGUGACAUUAAUGCAUGCACCAAGAGUUGUUCUGAUGGUGACCAACCAAAAGGUGGUCCACCUGAUCAAUAACACCCUGUAGCAAUUAUUUUUGUUUUCCUAAGUGUAAUGAGGUUCCAACAAAGAGUUGUUGUUGGGACUAUUUUGUUUUACCUUAUUUGGUCCCAUCACCACCUCACCAACCAAUUUUAGGUCUCUCCUAUUCCGCUGUCUGGUUACAGAUUCCGUGAUGAAAACCAACAAGUAGACUUUGUUUGUUCCUAUCCAAAGCCACAUGCCAAAACAAGGUAACAGGUAAUAAAUGAAGAGAAAAAGUCAGGUGCUUUAAUGCAGUGGUGAACACCCGAUAGGCAACUUGGGCGGUGCAGAAUUUGCCACGCUUCCAUUGAUGCUCUCUUUAAAACUUGUGGUUGUAAAUACGUGAUCAGCAUAACCUUGUGACUGGGAUAUGAAUGUGGUACUUUUGGGGGCAUAAAGUGAUUUUCUAUGAGGGGUGGGGGUCUGUGGGAUGCUUAAUAAUGAUGAAGAGGAUGAUGGGUACGCGUCGUGAAUAAAGUUGAGUACACCACUUUCAAACAUGCUUAGAUCUUCUUCCAUUUCUUCUGAUUUUUACCAAAUCUGAAUCGAUUUAUCCUAAGUCGCACAUCCCUUAUUUGUUCUUCAA